CUGGCUACAAGGAUACACCUGCUGAGUUUCCCACUCUCAACGUGCUCAACAACAGUGACCAUGAAGUUGGCUAUCCUGAUCUGCGUUUCUGUUCUCAUUUGCCUCUCUGCGGCAGAACAACAAACAGGACAGGAAAGCAACUCGUGUACUCGUGAGUAUAUGCCAGUGUGUGGAGACGAUGGUAUCACAUACUCCAAUGAGUGCAUGCUACACUGGGAGAGCAAAUUGCGUCAACAGGUCGUCAAUGUAAAGCACGAAGGAAAAUGUGAAACCCCCUGAUUUCACUGCAGUUACAGCUGGCAUCCACAAUGGCUUUCCAUUUAGAUACUACAGCUACAACCAGCAUGAUUUUCUGUCAAAUAUUAAUCAUUAUCAUAUAAGGUCAUAUACUGUAAUUUGGAACAUUUUCAGACAUUGAUUUGUUAUGCCAUGCAAUAAAAAAGUGAAGCAUUUAAGAUCUCUAUUUUAUUACAAUAUGAUUCAAAAGUAUAGUUUAGAAUAAACCACAUUCAAACUCUAAAGUUCUUUCUUUAUUCCCUCCUUUAUGUGAUUUGUGUUGCUAUCCUUGAAAUCACAACAACAGACUUAGUGCAGCACAUUUAAUUUUUUUUCAGUGCCAACUAACUGGGUCAAUGACCUGAUGUAAAUUUUCGUUUGGACCAAUUAAUUUAUAUAAAAAAAAUUCAAUAAAAAAAAUAAUUGAGUA